AUGGCCAGUUCCAUGUCAACACCCCGGAUCCUACCCGGCCAUCUCCACGCAUUCGCACCAGGCGGCAACUCCCACAACACCGUCCGCAUGCUAGGCACCAUCACCACGGUCAGCGGCGACCAAGCAACGCUGACCUGUGGGAGCGAUGCAGUCACGAUUCUUUUGAACAGAGAUUCCCAUCUCUCCGUGGGUUCAUUAUACGAGAUCGUCGGCAAAGUGGUCAAUAUCGACGGAGGACAGGGUCUGGGAUUGCGCGUGUUGAGCAGUACAGAGUGGCCGCGGAACGAGAAGGGUGAAUUGCCGGAUAUCAAGUUGUUCGAGGCCGUGGUCGACGUCACACACCGGUAUAAGAGCAUAUUCUACGACGAUGGCGAAGCCGGUGGCGCGGAUGGAGGGUAUUGA